AUGGCAGUGCUGGUGGGCUCGGCGCUGUCGCUGAACGACUCCUACUGUAAGAUCGGCAGUCGCGUCUACGGCACGACCGUCGAGGAAGCGGACUUCACCGACGAUGCCGCCGGCGAACGCCGCAGGGUCAACGAGUGGGCGAAGAACAACGCGGGCAUCACCGGGGACCUGCUGGGCGACGCGUGCACCUUGGCCGCCGACACGGGAAUUGUUCUGCUCAGCGCCGCAGCCGUGCGAGUUGCCUCGUGGCGGCAGCCUGUCACUGCCAAGCUGAGCCCUUUCGGCGAGGUGCAGGCUGCACCGACGCUGGAAACGUGCGCCGUGUACGGCUACGCUUUGCUCGAGGAACUGUCGCUGCAGGCCGUGGAGGUGCCUUUCACGUGCGAGGCCUUCUCGGCCACCGUGCUGCUGCCCACCGGCUCGAAAAGCCUCGAGGAUCUCUGUGACAAUCUCACCGCCGAGGACGUCAUGAUACAGCUGAAAACGGACGUGAUUGAUCCUGGGUACGGUACGGGCACCAAGGCUAUCUUGGGGCUCGACCUAAAUAAAGCUUUUGACAAUGUUGCCCAUGAGGCAAUAUUGAGGAACCUAUCAGACAUAGGACCAGGGGGUAGAACCUUCCGCUACAUCAGAUCAUUUUUGGAGGGCAGGACUGCAGAGAUUGUGGUCGGAGAAGUGAAAUCGGAUUCCUUCACGUUGGGGGCCAGAGGGACACCGCAGGGAAUCCUGAUUUAUUGCAACAAUGUGGAGGUAUCGUUUGAAGGCCCAGAUGCCACGAAAUUCAAGGGGGCCAAGAAAGGACGCCUCUACCUCACCACGCACCGGGUGAUUUUCAUCAACAACAGACAAUCAGACUUCCUACGCUCAUUCAGCUUCCCAUUCAUCAACAUCAGCAACCUGAGCCUUGAACAACCUUUCUUUGGAGCUAACUACAUCAAGGGAAAAGUCACAGCUGAGGCGAAUGGGAACUGGACAGGCAAGUGUACAUUCAAUUUUAGGUUCAAUGAGGGUGGAGCCAUCGAUUUCGGAUCGGCGAUGAUCGCAGCAAGGAAGCUCGCUUCGGAGCGGGCAGCUAAAGUUUCGGUACCGCCGUGUCAGCUGCCUUUGGGACCAUUCCAGCCACUACCCCCUAAUGCCUAUCUGCCCGGACAAAAUGCGAACUAUGGCUUCGUCAUCCCUUCCCAGGUGUUUCCUCAAGCCCCGCCAGAGAACACAGUGUUUGCGGCCAACGUGCCCCCUCCGUAUCCUGGCUUGUACCAGCCAGACCCGCGCACUCAGGGAAGCACAUCAUAUGCUGCUGCGUCAGCCUCUCAGGAAGAUAACCGCUCAUCACAGCCCCCGCCACCGGGCGUCAAGGAUUCUGCGAGCGAUACUCAGCAAAGCAACACGAAACCAAAUGAAACGCCCAGCACGCAACUCCCGGCACCAGGAUUCAAGCACUCUCCAAGCAGGGAGUCACGAGACUGAUUCUACGAGUGCCAGCUACGUGACUACACUUGUGUGCGAGCGGAAUUCACAGGGAAAUUCCGCCACAGGCAUCA